AUGCGGGAAUUUUGGAGAAGGCAUAAGAGAAAGGUCUAUGUUACACUUGGAGCUGUUGGCAGUGGAUAUCUACUGUACAAGCUCUACGAUGCUCGUCGUCGUAGGAUCAGCGAUCUCGAGAAACAGCUCGCUCGUGAGAGGGAAAGUGAGGAGCUCAUUAAGGCUCAAAUUCAAGCGCAUUUUGAGGGGGUACAGAGAAUAGCUGAUUCAACAACUCUUCCUCAUGUCAUGCAUUUGUUAGAUGGUCGGUUAACAGAGAACUUGGAUCUUACGCAAUUGACCGAGAGAUUAAUCCAAGGGAAGGGCCAACCAAACACUGUAACAAUGGCUGAGAAACUUGAAUUAUGGGAUAAACUCAAGAUUUUGAGUUUUACAAAAAUGGUAUCUUCACUGUGGGCAAUGACUAUGCUGAACCUCUAUAUAAGGGUUCAAGUCAAUAUAUUAGGGAGACAUCUAUAUAUCGACACAGCACGAGGCCUCGGAAGUUCUGAUUUACUCGAUGAAGCUGAACUAAUUGACAAAAAUGACGAACAGCAGUUUUUGGCCUGUGCUGAUUACCUUUCUAAUUAUGGUCUAAUAGCCCUAAUAUCUAAUGCUGAGGCAGCAUCAAUGGAAAUCCUCAAGAGCAAGCAGUUGAAGGAAUUUUUCAAUGUUUCGGUCCUUCAUGAUACAAUUAUUCACAUUUUGGAGACUUUAAUGGUCAUGAGGAGCCCUCAUCAUUGGAUCGGUUAUUUGAUGCCCGAAGAUGCUGGAAUUUACCAGCCCUCAAGUAGUUGUGCCUCGGAUCUUUCACACGCCACGAAAUUUGAUUUACUUAUGGUGGAAACACGUGCUGUGUUAUCAAGUGCGGAAUUUUCCAAUAUUAUCGACAUAUCACUGAGAGCUGUGGUUAAUGGAUUGUUGGAAGAUGUAAUCAUCCAUAGUGGAGAAAACAAUUUAAUGCCUGGAAUGCCGCUUGCCAGACUUGUACCAAGAAUAGCUCAUAUAUCUCAGUUUCUUCUAACCGAACCCAAUAGAAGUAGGUAUAUCCAAAUAAUCCGGAACAUUCCAGAGGUCGAGAGAUUCUUCACUGUUUUAUACUCUACGUCGCCCACUUCGUAG